ACCAGAAACAAUUUUAAUCUUCUUCAUCCCCUUCCCUUGUAUUGGCCUCCUUCAGUCUGUUUUGUUCUCCUAUCUGCUGCCUAUGAAUUACUCUACAAAUCUUGCAUGAAAACUUUAUACACAACCACAUUCUACGUGUAGUCUUUUUUUCCCACCAUGUCUGUCGUCUCUUUGCUCGGUGUGAAGAUCCUGAACAACCCCGCCCCUUUUCUUGCUCCGUACGAAUUUGAAAUCACUUUUGAAUGUCUUGAGCAGCUUCAAAAAGAUUUGGAAUGGAAGCUCACUUACGUCGGAUCUGCGACUUCCUCUGCGUAUGAUCAAGAACUUGACUCCCUCCUCGUUGGACCUAUUCCCGUUGGCGUCAACAAGUUCAUCUUCGAGGCUGAUCCACCGGAUCUCAAACGGAUACCGACUUCUGAGAUUCUGGGAGUGACUGUCAUCCUGCUUACGUGCAGCUACGAUGGCAGAGAAUUCGUUCGUGUGGGGUACUAUGUAAACAACGAAUAUGAUUCCGAGGAGCUCAACGCAGACCCUCCAGCGAAGCCAAUUAUCGAACGAAUUCGGCGCAAUGUUCUAGCUGAGAAACCAAGAGUGACACGGUUUGCGAUUAAAUGGGAUUCGGAGGAAUCUGCUCCAGCCGAAUACCCUCCCGACCAGCCAGAGGCCGAUAAUCUGGAUGAUGAUGGUGCUGCAUAUGGCAUUGAGGAGACCGAACUUGAGGCUGCACUUAUGAAGGAGCUUGCGGAGUCCGAAAAGCCGCCCGGUGAGGAUCAGUACAUGGAAGGCGUCGAAGGUAAUGCAGGCAGAGAAGACGAUGAAGAGGAAAUUUCCGAUGCAGAGAGUGAAGACCUCGAGGCCGAAAGUGAUUACGAUGAGGAGGACAUUGAUGAAGAUGAGACUGGCGACGCAGAUGAGGAUGUUGAGAUGGGUGAUGAUUCGGAACAAAAAGACGAAGCGGCAAAGCAAGACCAGCAUCAACAACAUCAACACUCUGAAGUCAUGGUCCAUUAAGUGCUAUUGAUCUACCGUUCUUGAGUACUGUCGGGGAAGGUGUGGCUUUGAGAUGUUUAUGAUUUGCAGCGUUUUAUGACAUGAUUACUUUCGGCGUUUAAUCCUUCUCUCACUUCAACUGUACCCUUUGACUUAUCAUAUAUUGGAUAGUUAUUUUAGUUGACCCUUAUGAUAUAGAACUAGUCUAGCAUUAUUUGAGAAAUAUUCCCAUAGAUGCAUUCC